AUGUCUGCUGUGCCAUAUGCCCGCAUGCCCGCCCCCGAGUACACAGAAGACGAGCAUGCAAUCCCAUGCCGUCAAUGGCCCCAACAGGUCGUCAAACUUGAGCAGGAUCUUUUGUUUCUUCCACGCACACUCGCGGUCUGCGAAGCCUAUCGCGCCUCAGAUGCGUUGUGCGCGCUCGCCGAAGCGGCACAUGAGGCCAUGCGCGUUUCAGGAGCAUACAAGCGCACUUCUUCAUGCCAACGAUUGACAACCAGCCUGGUGCUCUUCGAACAUCGGUAA